GUAAGAUCAUCCACGCUCUGUUGUUCUACCCGCUCGUUAGUGUCUCUUUAUUCUGAAAUUCAAUAGAGACCAAUGCAUAUUUGCACCAGGUUUCAUAGUAUUUGUAUCUAUUUAUAUUGUUGAUCGCAACUGGUAGUUGCAGUCUGAGAAAUUAGUCUUCGAAUCCUGAAAUGGUAGUUAUGCAGUCUAAAUUCACGUUUGAUGUGAUCAGAAUUCGAGGUAUAAAUAAUUUAGCCAGGUCGACAGCAUCAUAGACAGACGAGUUCGUCGUGGUCGUGUAGAGUACCGUGUUAGGUGGAAAGGUUUUCCUCCGGAGCAAGAUUCCUGGGAACCUUUCACCAGUCUUCGCGAACCAUGCCUUCCAUUAAUUCAAGAUUUUCACAUUCGUUACCGCAAGCUUCAUCAUGGAAAAAGGCGUUAUUCUCUACCUUUGGUUUCUUAUAGUAAACUUUCAAGAUGCGAAGCAGAUGAAUUUCAUGAUAUGUCUGUAAAACUGGAAAAAGAUAGUGAUGACGACUUAGCUGCAGACAAGAGUAGUAUCUCGUCUACCAAAAGUCAACCACCUCCUCGUCCUUUCAAGGUUGGUAAGAGAAAUACUGUACGACCAACGUCACGUCGUUCUGCUCCAAGCUCAGUAGCUUUAAGUUCAGCUAGUUCCUCUUCGUUACAGCCAGAAACUUAUUCCAGCCACUCGUCGUCUCUUCCGAGUUCUAAGUCCAGUGUUUCCCAGACGUCAUUAGUUUGCGAUCCAAGUGCGUUGUUGAACACUCAAACACUCAACCAUUCAGAUCACACGAUGCACUCAGAAAAUGGGUGGGUCCCCUGUGAAGUUUCUGGUGCUUCCACUGGUUCACUAUCUAGUCCCACUAUAAUUGAGGCUGGAGAUGACUGUAAAGUUGCCAGGGAUAAAGCUUCCGUUUCCGGACUCCCUAAAGAUAACUGCAGGGAUACUGCACAAGGAUUACGAAAAACAUCAAGAUCACUUGCUGACCAGUCAAACCGUAAUACUCUCAAGUCUGUCAGGCGCAAAUCGUAUUCUAAUAAUCGGGCUUCCCAGCAAGAUGAUUCUUUACCUACAAAUCAGCAAGGCUCUCAAAAUUUCGUGAAAAGAGAUAAAAAUGUGGACAAUUUCCCUACCUCUGAUACCAAGGAGAAUUCUCCUCUCGGGCAAAUACGUAAAUCUGUUACGAUUAUGCUAAAGGCUUCUCCCACACAUGAGUUUCAGAGCACUAGGUCUCUCCACCGCAGUAAUUCACCAAACUCCAAACUUCCCCCUAAUGCUGUUUCUAAACCGGUUUCCAAAAAGCGUGUCCACCCUACUAGCGUGAUUUCAAAGGCGGAACUAGAUGUUGGUGCCUCAGAAUCCCAACCAGUAUGUGAAGAUCAAUCCCCUAUAGCUGAUUCUAUCAUAUCAAAAGUCAUGAAUGUCGUUGUUCACCUUAAAAACCUAAGAAGACGCCCUGUACAAGAGAUCGUUCUGGCACUUUGCCAAAAGCACCAUAAUAUUCCCGAAAGUCUUGUUUUAUCUUCUCUAGAUAUCUUAGUUACACGAGGCCACUUGCACCGUGUUGAGUCAGCCAAAGGUAUAUCUUAUCGUUCCAACCCUUUUGUUGUGGCCCGGGGAGACUUAAAGAAACCUGCUAGCCUAUCAGCCAAGAUUAAAGCCAAGUAUAAUGGCGCAGUGAAUGGAAAACGAACCAAGUGCAUAGCAUCUACUAUACCUGAAUCUAAACGACCGAAUUCUGUAGAAUCACCAAGCCAUUCUUCAUCUAAGAUUGCACAAAGUGACCCAACAGUCAAUGUUCACCAGCGCUCUAGUCGGAGAUCUGUAACAAAUGGAUCAACAGCUCCUGAAAAACCCACUACGCAUUGUUCUUGUUAUUCAAAUAUUAAUGGAAAGAUCUGUCUCAAUCAGUCUUCUGUUAUUGUGGACGAUGUACAAGUAAAUCAAGACCAAGCCAUAAAUCUUGAAGGUGAUUAUUCAAUGAGUGUUAAAUCAUCACCAAAUAUUCUUCAACAGGGCACCAAAAUAUUUAUUGUACCUCCAGCCAGUCCAUUAAAUGAUACAACUUUUGAAAGUCAAAUGAAUAAUUUACCGUAUCAUCGAUCUGAACAACCUAGUCAAAGUUCGUGUAAUACGGUAAAUUCUACAUCUGGAUUCAAUUUCGAUAAUUCAAGCAUUCCACAAGCAAAUUCAAGACGUAGUAAUCGACAAGUAGACGUUUAUAAAUUUAAAUCGAUUUGGGUAAAGAAAAAUGUACAAGGUGGAUUUACAGAAGUUUGGCUGCAAUCACCUGGUUCUUCCAUAAAAAAUGGAUUUACUAUUCAGGUCCUUGAAGAAUUAACUGUUGUCUUAAACAGAGCAACAUGUGACGCUAGUCGUUUAGUUAUGAUUUCCGGGAGUGGAACCGUGUUUAGCUCCGGAAUAGAUUUAACUUCCAUUACAGGCGAUCUUCUAAGAAGUGCAUUUAUUUGUCCAUCUUCAUGUGAUUCAUCUCGCAGUUCAUCCUCAAAUUCAGCCAAUGCUUUUGCUCCGCGUAAUUCAAAUCAUCAUCAUCAUCAUACAAAUUGUUCAUUUUCUCAAUCUCAUUGUGAAUCAAAUUUAAAUUCAUCAUCUCAUAGGAACACAAAUCGUAUUCAUUCAUUUUUCUGUUCACCAAAUCCUUCUAAUAUUGGACGUCUAGUUGCGGCUUUAAAGUCCUUUUUGUUGGCGUUAGUUUCAUUUCCUAAACCUGUUGUAGUUGGUGUAAAUGGUCCAGCAUUAGGACUAGCUGUUGCAAUAUUACCUUUGUGUGACAUUGUUUACAUAAGUGAUUCAGCUACAUUUUAUAUGCCGUAUACUCGACUUGGUCAAAUUCCUGAAGGUGCAUCCACUUACACUUUACCCAGUCUUGUUGGUAUGCCUUUGGCUAACGAACUUUUAUUAGCCGGUCGUAAAUUGUCCGCUCGCGAAGCUUUACAACGAGGUUUAGCCUCUGAUCUCUUGUUUCCUAAAAGUUUUAAACAAGAAUUACUUCUCCGUUGUCGAAAAUUAGCAGAAAAUUCGUGUAUGUCAUUGGAAAUAACCAAAUGUAUGUUGAAAAUGCAACAUCGUGAACGAAUUGAAUAUGUGAUUAAUGCUGAAUGUAAAAAACUAUUAGAGUGUUGGCAAACUACAGAAUUUCGUUGUACAGCUAUGGAGUUCAUUUUAAAUGAAAUGGACGAUUUUGUAUAAACAUACUCUCCCUCUCUCUCUCUCUCACACACACACACACUCUCUCUGCCUCUUGUUUUGUUUCCCCAUGUUAAAUUAUCCCAUAUAUAUAUAUAUCACGACAAGUUGUAAUUGCUACUCAUAGAAUUAUUGUAGUCGUCAUAAACUAUUAUUCUAUGUUAAUAUAACAUUUUACACAAUGAAAUUUAUACAAUCACACACACACACACACAACUGGUAUUAUUCGCCUGUAUGACAUUCCAUACUCUUGCGUUUCUAUAUCAUCAUCAAUAUAACAUGUAUCAAUUUCAUGCAACCAUUAUUAUGAAACUAGAUCUACUAAUGUAUAUUUUUGUCUGGUCUUUCACAUUUACUAACUUUAAACUGCUUUGUUUUCAAUAAAAAGAACAAGUGUAGUUUACUUUCUAACAUAGACAAGCUUGUUUAAUCAUAUUUCCUGUCUAGCCGACCAUUCUGUCCAUUUCAUAUCAUUAAUGAUUUUGCUGUUUGUAAAAUUUAUAUUUCCCUUGGUGUAUGUGAGUGUACGUGUACAGAUUUGUGCAUUAUAUAUAUAUAUAUAUAUAUAUAUAUAUAACUGCUGCUUCUAUUUUAUUAGUCAACUUUUCACAAUCUUUACACUAUUUGACAAUCAAUCCACUAGUUGCUGUCGAAAACAAAGAAACCUGGCCAGGUUCUUUUUUUCCCAUGUAUAUGCAGAAUUUUGUUAAGUGGCAUGUGAAGUGAACGAUAAAUCAUUGUUAUUUACUCCCAUCAUUCUUCUUUUUUUUUUGAUAAAAAAGACUUUUUUUGAAAAAAAAAAGGAGAGACCAAUUCAUCCAGCUUGCCUUGACCAUCCAUUCUAUUUCCGGAUUUCGUGUUUUUUUUGAAAAGAAAAAUUCAUAGAAUCGGUUGGUUGGUUGGUUGGAUGGAUAAAACCAAUUUCCGGGCAUUUCAUCUAUCAUCAUCGUCGUUAUUAUUAUUAUUAUUAAUCUUAUU